AUGGUGAAGUCGGGCAACUUCACGUUAACCCCCUGCGGUGUUUGCUCGGAGACGUCCGAUACCAAUGAAGGUAUGGUGGGAUGUGACGCUUGUGACCUUUGGUUUCACUUCCGGUGCGUGGAAGUGACGGAGGAGUCUCUGGUUGGUUUGGAGAAGUGGUUUUGUCCAGCAGAGCCUUGUCAGAGAGCUAGAGAAGAAACCACUAAAAAACGAACCGAUCGCAAGAAAGGGACGAAAUCGAAGGAAUCGAGAUCUCUAGCACCGGACGAAUCGGACAGGUCUAGUGUCAAAUCUGACCGUCAGUCCGGAUCAACUCUGGAGAAGCGAUUGAAAGCUCUUGAAAAGGAGCAGGAGGAAAAGGAACAAGAGAUGGAAAUUGGGCGAAUUCUGAGGGAGAAACGUAUCGAAAUGAACCGAAUCCUGAAUGAGAAGCAAUUGAGAAUCGAUAACGAGCUACGGGAGAAGGAAAGGCGACUUGAGGAGGAUAUGCUGGGGCAAUCGCUUCGCGACGAGAAAAUCCACGCUGAUCGCAUGCAGCAGAUGCGAGAGUCGUAUCAAAAAGCGAUUAUAGGGGUGAAAGGUAUGUCAACUACCACCGUUGGUGCUGAACCCAAGUUCGAGAAUGCGGAAGAAAUGUUCAAUGCAGGCGAAGGCUGUUCAUCGCGCCACAAGAAAAUGUUAAACACACCGUUGCGGAAUCCAGGCAUUUCACUACAGUCUGGUCCGCAGAAGCAACGGAAGUCAGUGGAGAAGAAACAGCGGAUUGAAGAGUUGGGAGGUAGAUCGGAAGAAGAGCUUGGUUCCAUCGAUGAAAGCAGCGAUUCAGACUCCAGCGAAACAAAUAACAGCUCGGGUACCUCCUCGGAAGAAGAAAAAGAACAAUCGCAUUGCGAGUCGGAGAAGUCAGCGUCUUCCGAGGACGGACAGCAUCGAAAGAAAAGAAAGCAGUGA